UUGUCAAAAAUGAAAAGUGCAUCGAUUUUGAUUGUAAUUUUGUUUGUGGCGUCAAUUGCUGUUGCAUUCAAUGUAAGCGACGAGAUUAAAAUCGAUAAUUUAGCGACCACACCUGAGCACACAUUGAACGGUAGUAAUGAUGAUGCAGCCAAUAGUCGGAUGGAAGUGGACAUUCGAAUUGAUAAAUUCAAUAUUACCAAAUCAAACGAAUCCAUUGAUUUUGGCGGCAAAUCGAACGUAGAUAUAAAAAAUGAUGACCGGAAUCAAACCGACACACUUAUUACGUCCAGUGUUCAUUUGCGAAAUUCUAUUCAGACGCAUUCCACACGAACAUCGCGGGGAUUUUUGGGUCUGUUUAUUAUACCAUACAUCGUUUGCUUUUUUGUAGCGAAAGGAUUCUGGCCCAUGUAUCCAUCAAUGUUGCAGUAUCAAGUGAACGAAAUGGGUAAAAAAGUGUUUUCCCAAAGCGAUGAACGUAUCCGACAAUUCUGCUGUGGAAAACUUAAUUUUCAAGAGUCAUGCUAUCGACCAGUUUUAUUUAAACUUGUACCAGUUGAUCCGACCGAUUGUCCGCCAUUGCCAUCGACUGAAUCGACGCCAACAACUACAAAUCCAGCUCCACCUCCAGCCUCGAAUGCACCACAAACAUGGGGCAAUAUGCCGGCACGAAUUGCAUCCAAACCAUCAAAAACUGCCCAACAAAAUACCGAUGUAGAAGUCUUUGAUUCUGGCAAAAAACCCUCACCGACAAAACCCGAUGAAACGCCGAAUAUUAACAUCGAAAUUCACAAUGUAUUUUCGUUUGGUACGACAGGGAAUAAUACAACCAAUGCACAACCACCGCGAACCGAACAAACCGAUAAUAAAAUUAGUAUAUCAAAAAAUGAGCAAAAUAAUCCGCCCGUCAUUUUUGCAUAAAGAAACAGUUCUAAAAGUGAAUGUCAAGUGAAUUAUUUCAACGAUAUAAAAACACACACACAUCGCAUUAAAUAUAGGCAAAUCAAUUAAAAAAAUUAAAUAGUAAUAAAACUAUACAAGUAAAAAUGGCUAAACAUUUAGAAAAUAUGUAAAUAGAUGAUUUAAGCAUA